CUCGCCUAUGUCGAGUGGUUUUCGACCUUCAGCGCUUUACCAGAUCCACAGUCUGGGUUGUAUAAGGUCAGGCGGGUGGUUCGCGAUGGCGAACGCCAAGUGUCAAUUGUGCCCAUAUCUUUAAUUUGUCGAAGUGCUCACUUAUUGCCUAAGUGGGGAGGAGCUGUUCCUGCGGAGUGGACGAGUUUAGAUGUUCUCGAUGCAUGCCCCUCAUUUCUUUUGAACGUUUUCAAAGACAUGUACACUUACUUCAAUGUAGGAUAG